CUUUUAUUAAAUAUAAGAUAACAAGAGCGAGGCGUAUGUGGGUGUUUCUAUCUGCGUGUACACUGCACAUAAAAGCAGCUACACAGCCGAGCUCACCCUCCAUGACUGGUCGGAGGCAGACUGAGUGGGAAGUGAAUGUUGCCGGCGUGUGCACAGACUCUUUCAACACUUCAACACUAUCAGCAGUUUGACUGUCCAACACAACAGACUAUUUAUAUCAGAGACCAGGGGCUCACCAUCAAGAUGGAUGACCUUCUCUGAACACAACAAGUCAUUGAAAAUAACUCUCCUGGACCCAAUUAAGUGUAACUGUAGCUUCAUAGUUGUAAUUGCCAACCGUCUCCAUAAUGUUGCAGCGAUUACAGUCAAGUUAUACAAAAUUUAAGUCAUACUUCGUAAAAUCAAAUGUUAACCAACAAACAGAGCCAGUCGAAACUUGUCUUGAUUCAGCUCCUGUGAAUUCACCACCAGAUGAUUGUAUUUCUGAGGAAGUUGAGUGCAGUAAACGACUUGCUGAUGCUGUUAAAGAAAGAAGCAAACUACUACCACAGGAAGGAUCUCUCUCUGUUUACGAAACUCCCCUGAAAGAAGAACACAUCAAUAUAAAAGGAUGCAAGAGUUUUACUUUUGGGAAACAGUCCACUAAACCUAAUCGCACAAUAAUGGUUCUUGGAGCCACUGGUGCUGGAAAGUCAACCCUCAUUAACGGAAUGAUCAACUACAUUCUUGGUGUCGAAUGGAAGGACUCGUAUCGUUUUAAAUUAGUACAUGAGGGUCAGUCAACAUCCCAAGCUCACAGCCAAACAUCUGAAGUCACAGCUUACAGGAUCAACCACCAGGAGGGUUUCAAAAUAGAGUACUCCCUGACUAUUGUGGACACUCCAGGCUUUGGAGAUACAAGAGGCAUAGAAAGAGACAGGGAAAUUGUAGAGCAGCUACGUAAUCUCUUUCAUGCUGACAAUGGUGUCACAGAAAUUGACGCUGUGUGUUUUGUAGUUCAGUCUGCUUUAGCACGACUCACACCAUCACAGAAAUAUGUGUUUGAUUCAAUUCUCUCGAUCUUUGGCAAAGAUGUGGCAGAAAACAUCAGGAUUCUGGUGACAUUUGCAGACGGCCAGCGGCCACCAGUUCUAGAGGCCAUCAAUGUCUCAGGUGUCCCAUGUCCUAAAACAGAUGGGCUGCCUGUUCACUUGAAAUUCAAUAAUUCAGCGUUGUUUGCAGACAACAAAGCAUCAGCAGCAAACAGCACAGCUGAUGAUGAAGAUGAUGAAGAAGAUGAUAGAGGAUUUGAUGAGAUGUUUUGGAACAUGGGAACAAAAAGCAUGAAAAGGUUCUUUGCUGCUCUGAAUCUCAUCCAAACCAAAAGCUUGACUCUGACAAAGGAGGUCCUAAAAGAAAGACAGCAGCUUGAGAAUUCAAUUGAAGAUUUGCAGAAGAAGGUUAAACUUGGGUUAGCCAAGCUUGAGGAGAUAAAUGAGACAACCGAAAAACUUCAAGAUCAUGAAGCAGAGAUGAACAGAAAUGAGAAGUUUGAGAUUGAAAUAACUGUCACAAAGCCCUUUCAAGAGGACAUUUCUGGUAGUGGAAACUACAUCACCAACUGUCAGCAGUGUCAUUAUACCUGUCACUAUCCUUGUGGGAUAGCAGAUGAUCGAGAUAAAAUUUACUGUGCUGCAAUGUCAGAUGGAUACUGUACUUGUUGCCCAAAUAAAUGCCCAUGGAAUGUACAUUUUAAUCAAAAAUAUAAAUGGGAUUAUAAGGAAGUUAAAGAAAAACAGACACUGCAACAGCUGAAAGAAAAGUACCUGAAAGCCAAAGGGCAAAAGGGGAAUGUUCAGGGAGUGAUUAAAGUACUGAGGGAUGAAUAUGAUCGUUUGCAGUUUGUGGUGGUAAAACUAAUUGAGAGCUCUGCCAAGUGUCUGAACAGACUAAAAGAGAUUGCACUGAAGCCCAAUCCUCUCUCCACUCCAGACUACAUUGACAUGCUGAUUGAAGGAGAGAAAUCUGAAGGCAAAGCGGGCUGGAAGAAACGAGUUCAGUCCCUGAUGACUGUGAGGGAAAGAGCAGAAUUCAUAGCUAAAGUAGAGAAAGGAGAGAGAUUUCUCUAGAAUUGACAUACUCACUCCCAGCAUUGUAAUCAGGGCCAAACAAAGACUGAUGGCAAGAAAGACAAUCGUAAAAACAUCAAUGCCAAAACUAAAACUAAUGCCAACAGAGACCAAGAAAAAAAGAAUGACAUCAGAAAACAAGAUGAGACAAAGACUGAUCCCAGCCGAGAUCAAAACAAAUUCACCACUAUCGCUGAUCAAGACGAGGCAACGACCAACGCAGACCAAGACGAGGCAACGACCAACUCAGACAAAGAUGAGGCAAAGACCAACUCUGACCAAAACCAGGCAAUGACCAACGCAGACCAAGACCAGGCAACGACCAACACUGACCAAGACCAGGCAACGACCAACACUGACCAAGACCAGGCAACGACCAACGCUGACCAAAACGAAGCAACAACCAACGCAGACCAAGACGAGGCAACGACCAACGCUGACCAAGACGAGGCAACAACCAACGCUGACCAAGACCAGGCAACGACCAACGCAGACCAAGACCAGGCAACGACCAAUGCUGACCAAGACCAGGCAAUGACCAACGCUGACCAAAACGAGGCAACAACCAACACUGACCAAGACCAGGCAACAACCAACGCUGACCAAAACGAGGCAACAACCAACACUGACCAAGACCAGGCAACGACCAACGCAGACCAAGACCCGGCAACGACCAACGCUGACCAAGACGAGGCAAUGACAAACGCUGACCAAGACGAGGCAACGACCAACGCAGACCAAGACGAGGCAACGACCAACGCAAACCAAGAAAGAGCAGUAUUAGUAGAUAGUUAAUGGAAAUAUACAUCGUUAAUCAUUCACUCAGAUUUGAUGUUUUGGGUCUAACAUACCUAAAUUUUGUAACAUGACUCUUUGUCUGCUGUAAAUACCUCAUUUUCUUCAUAGUCUUUGUUUUAAUAUUUUAUACUCAGAGGAUGCUACAACAACAUUUCACUGCUGUACCACCGUCUUUAACAUGGCUUCCACAGUGACAAUGAAGAAUUAUUCUAUUCUAUUGUUUUCUUCAAUGUUUUACACUUUGUUUGGCUCUGAAGGCCAAGGUUCAUGACUUUCAAGACAAGAAUUAUGUUCUUGCAAAUGUAUGACUCAGUGGCAUGAAAAACAAUAGCGUUCUAGUAAUAGCUUCUCAGCUCCUCUUGUUGAACUUUGAUCUUAUGAUUCUGCAAUGACAGUGUCCAUGAAUUCAUGCAGGAGUCUUGUCAUGAGAAGAUGUUCAUUAUAAAUGAAGCCCUGGAGGUUAAACUAUAUAGAGUCCUCUGUUCAAAAUGGCAAAACAUAAAAAUAAAUCUGUAAAAUUCACACUAGAGGUCACCAGGAUUACGUCGUCACCAGAACCACAUCACAUGUGGUUGGAUAAGCAUGUCUUCCUUAACUUGACCAAUAGAUAAGCACAUGGUUGAUUAUUUUGGAUUGUUAUGUAUUGGUUUAGAAAAAUACUCACAAAGUAUUACUGGUCUGAUAAACAGACGACUUCAUCCUUGUUUGCUCAACAUUUUUUCUGUAAAACAAAAAAGAAUAAAUUUUGUGAGACCAAAA